AUGAGGCCAAGGAAAGGCGCACGAGACAAUAUUGGAGGCCGUGCUUCUAGACCCAGGGGCGCAGCACGCGGGCGUUGGAGGCGGCGCGUUCCUCGCCGGGCUGCCGAGGCCCUCGGUUGCCGACUUCAUCGGGCACGGAGAGGUUGCGCAGGUGGGAGGGCGCUUCGGCAGGACCGGUUCGCAUGUGGCCCCCUGCUCUCGCCGUUCCCGCGCACGUCCCGCUGGCUGGAGUCGAUGGCGGCUCUGCCCUUCCACGGCGGGGUGCGCUGUGCACUCUCGGCCCUCGGGGAGCUCGACCUCGGUGAUUCGGGCAAGAAGCAGACGCUGAGCAAGCUGGCUUGCGCCACCGAAGCGGGGCUCGCUGGCAUCGCCGAAGCGCAGGCCGCCUCGGAGGCCGGCCGCUGA